CACUCGCUGGAUGGAAACAAACGACUACGCAACAUCAUGGGCCAUAUUUCACAUUGGGCCUUCCAUAUUCACUGUUGGCCCACGUAAAGAAAGUUGAACUUGUCGAAAAACAACUUUGAGCUUGAGUAUGAGGUUCAAGUACUUUUAGGAGAGGAGAUUAAGUUAAACACCCUCAUUUUUCACCCUAGAUCUCCGCAGCCUCACCUUCUUCCUCUGCCUCCAACCGCUGCUUCUCCUCUCUUCUAAGGUUUCCUGCGUCUCCGCCGGCGCCAGCCACUAGUUCGCCGCCGUUCAUCGACGGUGCGUUCGACUUCGCGUUCUCCGCAAGUCUCGACGAGGUGCUGUUCCCGGCGAGAUUCGCUAGAGAGAUGGAUCGCCGUGUCAGGUCUGGUGGCUCGUGUGUUUAUUCGCUAGCAAGGCCCAAAUGAAAUAAAUUAUAUCCCCCGUUGGAUGAAAAACUCUAUGAUUGGAUUGGGUCUGGGAGACACUUCCCUCACAAUCUUAUUUCUUAUUCAUCUUCUCUUCUCUUCACGUGUGUUUUGUUUCUCUAAUUCUCCCAAUCAAAUUUUAGUCUCAGGCGUCUUCUCCAAUAAUCCCAACGAACGAGUGUCAAGACUGGCCUCGCAGGUUAAUCAAUGGAUAGAAAAAAGCACAGAAUCAUGAUGGUCUCUGAUUUUUUCUAUCCCAACUUUGGUGGCGUCGAGAACCACAUCUAUUAUCUCUCUCAGUGCUUACUCAAGCUAGGCCCUCUCAGUGCUUACUCAAGCUAGGCCACAAGGGUUGUAUUCACGGAUCAUUCUCUCUAUGGAUUUUCGGAUGCUGGAAGCAUACAUAUGAACAAGGUCUUGCAGUUUACAUUGGCUGAUGUGAGUCAGGCCAUAUGUGUUUUGCAUACGAGCAAGGAGAAUACAGUGCUGCGGUCGGGGCUGCCCCCGGAGAAGGUUUUUGUUAUACCUAAUGCUGUGGACACUGCAAUGUUCAAGCCAGCGGUGCAGCCGAGCCGCUCGGAGAUUGUUAUUGUUGUUAUUAGCCAGUUGGUUUAUCGCAAGGGAGCAGAUUUGCUUGUUGAAGUCAUUCCAGAUGUAUGCCGUCUGCAUCCCAAUGUUCGUUUCAUUGUUGGAGGUGAUGGACCUAAGCGUGUGAGGUUGGAGGAGAUGAGAGAAAAAUAUUCUCUUCAAGAUCGAGUUGAAAUGUUGGGAGUCGUGCCACAUGCACAAGUCCGAUCUGUUCUAAUAUCAGGACACAUCUUCUUAAACAGUUCGUUAACUGAAGCUUUCUGUAUAGCCAUAUUAGAGGCUGCUAGUUGUGGAUUGUUAACAGUUAGCACACGUGUUGGAGAAGUUCCCGAGGUUUUACCAGAUGACAUGAUCAUUUUGGCAGAACCUGAUCCUGGUGAUAUGGUGCUUGCAAUUGAAAGGGCAAUAUCAAUGCUGCCAAAAGUUGAUCCACAAGUCAUGCACCACCGGAUGAGGGAACUCUAUAACUGGCAUGAUGUUGCCAAAAGAACUGAAAUUGUAUAUGAUCGUGCUUUGAAGUGCCCCAAUCAAAAUCUACUUGAACGGGUCUCACGGUACAUUCUUAACAUUAUAUGUUGAAUUUGAUUGUAAUGGUAUUGUAUACUUUUCACUUUAAAGAAGGAGGAAAGAGAAGGCAAGAAACGAAAGAAAAGAAGAAGAAGACGUGCAGGAAGAAGAAGAAGGAAGUGCACUUGUAAAGACUUGUAUAAAAAAAUACUUGUAUGUGAAGAAUUUCUCUUUUUUUAUCUCCCUAGUAUUACCCAAUACUUUAAUCAAAUCCGUAACUUAAAAGUGUUA